AUGAGACCGGGGUAUGUUCGCGGCGCUGUUUUCCGCUUCGAACGCCUUAGCGCCGGGUUCAUCCAAAUUCGCGGUGCUUUGAUCGCACGGUUCAGCAUUGUCCUGAGAAUACCUGGUCUCGAUGAGACGUUUGAUGCCCCAGGAGAGAAGAAAGGCGCUAGUUUGUCCUUGGUCUGUGGCUUAAGCGAUGAAGGGCUUGAGCGAUUAAGGAAACUCACGAUGCGCAGAUCAUACACAGAUCGAGACGGGCCCCGACAUUUAGACAGAGGCGAGGGCUCAAGAGGGACAAAGAAAGCAAGGUGCAUCGAUAUUCCCGGGAAAUACCAGCUGUCACAAAACCCCACUGGCAGUCAUUAUGACAGAUGUUUGCGCUAUAGAAGCUCCAGCUAUGUAAAACUAUGGGUGUCCUGGAUGGCAGCUCGAACCGAAACUUAGUGAAACUGUGUGUGGCGGGUGUGUCUGUAUCAAGGUUGUCAAAACAAGAGCACGAAACAUUA